GACUUGGAUGGAAAGUUAGGGCAAGUGUCAAAUUUUAGACGGCCUCAAAUAGAGGACGGAAAGCUAGGGCAAGUUUUUCAGACGACGCAAUCAGCUUCGAGCCUUCGACACUCCGCAGGACGCAUCCCCCGCUAUCGCCUCAGGUGACACCGUGACAAGAUUGUCUAAUUCAAGAUGUCUAAAGUAGCAAUUGAUGUCCCAAAGGGUGGAUUUUGCUUCGACCUAUGUAGAAGGAAUGCCAUGCUCUCGGAGAAAGGUCUUAAGCCUCCGUCCUUCCUCAAGACCGGGACUACUAUUGUCGGUCUGAUUUUCCAAGAUGGUGUAAUCCUUGGAGCAGAUACAAGAGCCACAGAAGGGCCCAUUGUUGCUGAUAAGAAUUGUGAGAAAAUCCAUUAUAUGGCACCAAAUAUUUAUUGCUGUGGAGCAGGUACUGCUGCUGAUACAGAGGCAGUGACAGACAUGGUCAGUUCCCAUCUGCAGCUCCACCGGUAUCAUACUGGUCGGGAGUCAAGGGUUGUAACAGCUCUUACCCUCUUGAAGUCUCAUCUUUUCAAUUACCAAGGUCACGUCUCAGCUGCUUUGGUGCUUGGUGGAGUUGAUGUCACUGGACCACAUUUGCAUACUAUCUACCCUCAUGGAUCAACGGACACUCUUCCUUUCGCUACGAUGGGCUCAGGUUCUCUUGCUGCGAUGUCAGUUUUUGAAACGAAAUACCGUGAAGGGCUAACUAAGGAUGAAGGAAUAAAAAUAGUGUGUGAGGCUAUUUGCUCUGGAAUAUUCAAUGACUUGGGAAGUGGAAGCAAUGUGGAUGUUUGUGUAAUAACCAAGGGGCACAAAGAGUAUCUGAGGAACCACCAGUUGCCAAAUCCGCGCACUUAUGUCAGUGAGAAAGGCUAUUCUUUCUCCAAGAAGACCGAGGUUCUGAUGACAAAGAUUACCCCCUUGAAGGAAAAGGUUGAAGUCAUUGAAGGAGGAGAUGCAAUGGAGGAGUAACUUUUCAGUUACAUAUUUUGUAAUCUCCUCACUUUUAUGGCUUGAAUUUGAUCUCUUAUCCAACAUCACUUUUAUUGUUGUGUAGUUCUUUGGGCUACAUAAAUUCAUGACAUUGGUGCAAGUAAGAAGUGCACUGUUGGUUAGAUUCAGGUCUUGAAUACUUUAUAUUCGAAAGUAUGGUCAAUUCCCUCUCACAUAACCUUCCCUCCCCCAAAUUUUACUUUUAUGACAUUAAAUCUACCUUCCUGAAGUUUUUUCUUAUGAAAUGCAAUGAAUCUGUUUAUUCAAUUACUA